CUCUGACGCCCCUCCUCCCUGAUACUUCUAUGAGGCUCACUCAAGUAUUUGCGACGGUUCUCGCCAUUGGCGCUGCAGGGGUUGGAUCCUCUCCUGUGACGAUCAAUGCAGACCCUAACACCAUCUUCGGUGGGGUCGACAUGAGCGCCCAAAACCACUAUGGCGCGCCUAUCGCUCCUUGGCUCCAUGGAGCGAAACCGGGAUGGUACUACGGUCAGUUCCCUUGGCUCUGGCCCUGGCUUCCCUGGCUGCAUGGUCCCGUCUGCUCCGUGCUUCCGUGGUUCCCCUGGCUGAUCCAAUGCCCUAAGCCAUGGAUUCCCCCUCCUCCUCCCAAGCCUCAUCUCCCACCUCCGCCGCCGUAUCCUUGGUGGCCCUGGCCAGGGCAUCCCCCUCCCCAGCCUCCGCCACCACCUCCCAAUGACGGCUACCACCAGACCUUCAAGAACCUCACGGGCGCUACCCAAAGCCAAGUUGGAGAUUAUCUGACAUUCGGCCUAGUCGAUACUGUUGCCGAUUGCAAGGUUAUGUGCAAUUCUGUUCCCGAAUGCAAUUUCGCCAACAGCUACAACGACGUCAACGGCAAAGACGGAAGCACAAAGCUCACUUGCGCUCUGUACUCGAAAUGUCACAGCGACAAAGAUGCCACGAACAAGGGUGGCCAGACUCAACCUGACGGAAGCAUCAAUUACAUCAGGAACAGUGACGGCUGGUGCAAGAAUGGUCAAAAGCCCAUCAACUAG